GUCAUGACUAUUUUUAGCCAACAACCCCUCUUAUCUUCAAUGACUGGUUUCUACUGCUAUUGUCUUUCUUAGCAAAGCACAGCAAUACAAGCAGAUUGAUGACAUGAAUCCUUGUUCGAUCUUCAAUUCACUUCUAGUUUUACAUCUCUCGGUUUCUUCCUUCUGUGUCAUCCAUGCCACUCUGGACCAAAACUAUGCACAAAAGAUUCUAAGCGCAGCCCAGGAAGACAAAAACUGGUUGGUCUCAAUAAGAAGGCAAAUCCAUGAGAACCCAGAACUCAAAUUCCAAGAGCACAACACCAGUGCUCUUUUACGCAAGGAGCUAGACAGACUCGGCAUCUCUUACUCGUACCCAAUUGCCAAAACUGGCAUUGUGGCCUAUAUUGGGACCGGUGCUGGCCCAGUUGUGGCUCUUCGGGCUGACAUGGAUGCCCUCCCUAUGCAAGAGCUUGUUGAUUGGGAGCACAAGAGUAAGAUUGAUGGGAAGAUGCAUGGUUGUGGUCAUGAUGCUCACACCACUAUGCUUCUAGGGGCUGCUAAGUUGCUUAGUCAACGGAAAGAGAAACUUCAGGGUACGGUUAGACUUAUUUUUCAACCUGCUGAGGAGGGAGGUUAUGGAGCAGCCGACAUGAUAAAAGAAGGUGCUCUUGGUGAAGCCGAAGCAAUAUUUGGGAUGCACGUCGAUUUUGAGACAUCCACAGGAAGCAUAGAAACCAUUGCAGGGCCACACUUGGCUGCUGUUAGCUUUUUUGAAGCAAAGAUAGUCGGUGAAGGAGGGCAUGCUGCAGGUCCCCAUGACACUGUUGAUCCAACACUUGCUGCCUCUUUUGCAAUUUUGGCAUUGCAGCAGAUCAUCUCAAGAGAAACGGAUCCCCUCCAAAGUCAAGUUCUAUCUGUCACUUAUGUUCGAGGAGGGACUGCAUCCAAUGUAAUUCCAGACUAUGUUGAAUUUGGCGGCACAUUAAGGAGUCUUACAACAGAAGGCUUGUACCAACUCAUGAAGCGAUUGAAGGAGGUUAUUGAAGGGCAGGCAGCUGUGCAUAGAUGUACUGCAUAUGUUGACAUGAAAAUUGAAGAGUUUCCCCCAAUUCCUGCUGUUGUUAAUGACGAAAACUUGAAUUUGCAUGUAAAUAGGGUUGCGAAACUUGUGCUUGGUCCUGAGAAUGUGAAGGUUGGCAAAAAAGUGAUGGCAAGUGAAGACUUUGCUUUCUAUCAAGAAUUGAUUCCUGGAAUCAUGAUCAGCAUCGGAAUAAGAAAUGUGGAAGUGGGUUCAGUUCACUCACCGCACUCCCCUUACUUCUUUCUUGAUGAGGGCGUCCUUCCUGUCGGGGCAGCAUUACAUACUGCCUUGGCUGAGAUGUACUUGAACGAGCACCAACAUUCCGCUAUACAGUGAAAACUCCAGAGUAUAGUUCUGGAGAAAUCUUGAUGAUUCCUACUGCUUUAAUUGGUGUGCUAGCUUAUUUAGUGCUCUGUAAGCAGGAAAAGGAAAUUAAAAUACUUGCUUCGAUUAGUGAUAAACUUGUAUGUAGAAGUAUAACAGAAAAUGAAAAUUUUCUGGUUGAAAGUACUUAUUAAGUGCAGUAAAAUAGUGACAUGAUAUGAAUGUUUAAUUUCCUCAUACAAUAGGAUAGUGAGAAAUCAGUUGUAUACAUCCAGCUGAAUGAGUAGUCGAAACUGAUCUAGUGUUAAAGACAGUGGAUCCCAUAUUUGCUAAAAAGGACACAAAGCUAGCAUGGGUAACCUGAUCAGCAAAAUCCUCAAAGGAUACAAUGUAUGCAUUCCAAAACAUCCCCAUAAACAGCCCAUGUUGUUCAAAGGACUUCAAAUCAGGAAUAAAGGAAAACAAAAAGAAAGGCAGUCCAUGGAAGAUGUUGAUGUCUUAUGAAGCAUUAACCUACUACUGCUUUCUUGCUUGCCCCAACAAUGCCAGCAGUUUGAAGAGAGGGCUCACUAGUUAAGGCAGAUCAGCUCCUAUUUGUUUUAUGUUCACCGGCAAAA